AAGGAGAAGAAAAAAGUUGUAAAAAAAAACGUUGAGAAUAAGUAAAGGGAGACAAAAAGAACCGCCAACUAAAUUCGGCGAUGGGCGGACGACUGCAGGAAUUCCGAGUGCUCGUUAGACGGCCGCAGACGCUGCAUAGCGACGCCUAGAGGAGACUAGAGAAACGCGAUAAAAAAUAAGACCAACAAGAGCAAGAGUAUAAGGAGAAGAAGAGGAUUUGUCAUAUCGCUUUUCGUUAGCUGGAGACGAGAGUGAGAGGAGAGAGAGAGAGAGAGGAGCAAAGACCGAGAGGCGAAGAGCGGGAGACUUAAACGACUCAAUAGCUGCACGGGAGCGCCUGGAACGGCACCGAAACGCAAGGACGCAGCGCGGGGCACCAACGGCAGCAGGAGCAGAGAGCACGUUGCCUCUUUUCAUCUACAAGCAUCGCACAAGGUGAACAGUCAGAACGAUGGUAGAUACGCAACACUUUUGCCUGCGAUGGAACAACUACCAGAGCAGCAUAACGUCAGCAUUUGAAAAUCUGCGAGACGAUGAAGACUUCGUCGACGUCACAUUGGCCUGCGACGGCAAGAGUCUCAAGGCGCAUCGCGUCGUACUCUCAGCCUGCAGCCCGUACUUCAGAGAGUUGCUCAAGAGUACGCCGUGCAAGCACCCGGUGAUAGUGCUCCAGGAUGUCGCGUUUAGCGAUCUGCACGCCCUCGUCGAGUUCAUUUACCACGGCGAAGUUAACGUCCAUCAACGAUCGUUGAGCAGCUUUCUCAAGACUGCCGAGGUCCUCAGGGUAUCUGGUCUAACGCAGCAAGCCGAUCAGACCGAUAGGGAUGAGCUAUCACACGUCAGAGCGCUGGCAGCUGGCAACCAUCUCCCCACACAUGAAAAAUUGCCAGAAGAGAAUUUUUUACGUGGAAAUUCUUCCCCGCCAUCAGCAGCAACGAUGCCAAUACCAACAAGUAUGCAGCAACAGAUAUUUCAUAGAUCGCAGGUCCGCAAGAGCGAAGCUCAUCCCUACGACACGCACAAUGAGAAAAUUAAAAGACCCAGACUGCCGUCGCCUCCUCUGAACAACAACGACGCAAUACCGACAGACUUUUCUAUGAUAAAAAGCAACCACUUAUCGAGUAAAAUUGAGGGUAACGGAUUGAACGAAGACAGCAGUCAUAUAGAGGAAAAUAUCAAGUGCGAACCCCUUGAAUUGACGGGGGGCAACGGAGGUGGAAACGGUGGCAAUCACGACGACUCCUCAAAUUCCGAGGCUGCGGCGUCUGAUCGACCGCCGGCGUCAGCGAGCAGCAACGAACACGACCCUGAACCCGAACAUCCACCGCCAAGCUUCCUUCCAGCGGAGAGUAAACUUUUCACCUCAACGCCUGGUACCUACAAUUUCAGCAUGUCUGCGCUAACCACAGAUCAUUCACCCUUAUCAGUAAAAUUUCCAGGCCUCGGACACGGGCUUCAAACACCGGAUCUGGCUGGAACUUCACAAGACCGGGAGGUCGCUGAGGAGGACGGGGGUUGGCAGUCCGCCGGGGGUGGUGGAACGAUCGCAACCGGCUGCAAGAACGAUGCUCGGCAGCAGCAACUGCGGAAGUCGGUGGACGGGGAGGCGAUCGAAGUUUCCGGUCCGCGUAGCCCCGUGCGGGUGGAAAAUAGUUGUCAACAUCUCGGCGAAAACCGCGGGGGGUCAUCGACGCCCGAUCAAUUUCCGAUGAUCGAUCUGCUAGACGCGGACAUCGACGAUCGGAUGCAAAUCGUAUUUAAGACCGAACCGAUAUCGCCGAAAAUCGAGACCGUCGAGGACCUCGAGUCCUGCCUUUUACUUCGGCAGGACGACGGAGGUCGCGAAACCGGAAAUCUCGGGGAUCCCGGACAUCCGGAAUCGGAACGGAACGGAAACGCGGCGGUAACGAGCUUCCCUCAUAAUCGAAACGAUCUGCAAUCCGUUCAACCGCUUCCUAGUCUUCACGAGAUCAGACGAAGGCCUCUGACGAUCGAGUCUGACGUUAUUUCUAACGGUCGACCCGUCGGUGCUGCUACUUACUGCACGUUUUGUCAAAAAACAUUUUCACGCGCUUGGUCUCUGCAGAGGCAUCUCGCCGAUACACAUUUUUACGUGCCUCAAUCGUUGGCCUGCGAUCAGUGCGGCAGGAGUUACAAAUCUAGGAAUAGUCUUGUUAGUCACAAGUCACAGUAUCACGCGAAACGCGAACGCAAGGAUAUUCAGGAUUCGGUUCACUGCGAAAUGUCGUACUGACGAUCCUUAUUCGUCAAAGAAUCUCGACGAGAUUAUUAUACUCUUGAAUCUU